GUAUAACACCAUUUUAGUUUAUUGCAAGAGUACGUUCGAAGAGAAUUUUCAUUGAUUGCCAUUUUCUAACGUGAGCAAUGGCAUAUCUUCCUUCAGAACUUUUAUCGCAUCAGCAGAAAGUAUGCAGGUUGUACAAGCGCGCUGCGCGUUGCAUAGAGGAUUGGAUUCAUAAAACGCCUGAUCGUAGAUACGAAGCUGCAUUAUUGAGAGAGCGUUUUGACAAGAAUAAGGAUAUAAAGGAUUUCAAAUAUGCAAAGUAUCUACUGGAAGAAGGAGAGAAGGAGCUCUUCUCUAAGAUACAUUAUCAACCAAUAUCGUUCCCUGAUUCACCGACAGGAGUAGCAUAUGACCGAAAGAGUUAUGUUCCAGAUUAUGUCUUGGAUUAUUGGCAUCCUCUAGAAAAAGCUAUGUAUCCCAAAUACUUUGCGCGUCGUGAACAAAUGAAGGACGAGUACAUGAAGUGGUAUUUUGAAACCUAUCCUGAAGAAAAAAAGAAGAUUGAUGACCAUUAAGUCUGUAAUAUAUAUAUAACUCUUGUAGAUAAUAUUAUAAUAUAUAUUAUACAAAUCUAAAGAAUGUCAUAGAUCUUAUCUCAAAAUACUUUUAGCUGUAGUCAGAUUAGAAAGCAAGAUUGAAUUGAAAUUUAAUCAAUUAAAAUAAAGAAAAACAAUUUCAAAUGUAACAAAUUUUUAUUGGUUAAUUUAAUUUAAUCUCAAUUUCUAGUCUGAUCAUGGCUGGUUAUGAAGACGAGACCAAUUGUUUCAAAAUCCGUCAUAUAUAUGAACAAAUAUAUUUCAUUAUGUAUCGUGUUUAUUAUUUAAUUAGAAUACAUAGUAAGCA